AUGAGAGGUAAAUGCAAUGAAGCUAUAGCAACUUUUACAUGGGGAGUUGUGAAACAAUGGGAUGUCCUAUGUGGUGAACCGAAGUGGGAGGACGCUCGACCGUUUUGCCGUCAGUCUGUUGCAAACCUUCGAAGAGAUAAAAUGGAAAAGGAUAGCAUGGAAGAAAUGGGAAUUGCCAACGUCCGAAGAUCAUUCAUUUGGAGCUCAAGGUUCUUAAAAUGCAUGGGAAUUUGGCCAUUGAAGAACUACGUACCGAUAUUUCUCUUCUUUUUCACAUAUCUUACCAUUCAUUGUUCUUUAACACUCGCUCAAUUAUUAUGGACUCCAAAAACUUUGGAGAAUGUCGUAUCGAACGUAGCAGAAAAUAUUGCAUUAUCAAUGACACUUACGAAAAUUACAAUUGCCAGAAUUAACAGAGAAGCAUUGCGUAAAUUAUUCACAGAAAUUGAGGAGUUUUCAUUGACUGAGAAAUACGAAACUAAAGAGGAAAAGUUGACAUUCGUGAAUUAUACUAAAUUACCUCCAUAUUUUAUUAUAAUAAUAGCAUUUUCAAUGACAGUAGUCGAAGUAUUGUAUUAUACAAGUCGACUCAUCGAAGGAAUUCAACUUGCAAGGCAAAACAAUUCCAUGAGUUAUAAAUUGCCUUAUAGAACAUUAGAAAUCAUGGAUUUAAAGGACAGCAGGAUUUAUGCUUUGAUGUGUGCUUAUCAAUUAAUAUUCGUACCAUGUAUCGUAUUAGGUUACGUAGGAUUCGAUUGCAUGUUCGUCAAUUUAUCCAUUCAAGUAAUUGCACAGUUCUCCAUAUUAUCCUGCAAAGUGAAAUCAAUAUUAAAUAAUUCUAAAAAUUAUCAUGAGGGUAUGAAGAACAUUGUACUACGACAUUAUCGAUUGAUAAGAUUGACGGAAAGAUUGGAGGAUAACUUUAAUUUACCGAUUAUGCAGCAAAUAUUGGGUACCACCGUUCAUAUCUGUAUUUCCGGUUACUUCGUACUGACGGGUAAGGAAACGAAGGAUAAUUUAAAAUCGUUCGUGUUCCUUGUGUACAUAUUUGCCGUGGUAUGCACUCUUUUUAUUUACUGUUUCAUCGGCGAAUGUUUUAUUCAGGAAAGUUCUAAUUAUGGUAAUGCCAUUUAUAAUUAUGACUGGUAUAACUUACCGGUAACAGAAUCGAAAUUUUUUCUUAUUUGUAUGGCACGAACGAAGAAGCCGCAAUUUUUAACAUCUGGCAAAUUUGCGGUCUUGUCCUUAUCAAUGUUCACGGACAUCAUCAAAACUUCUAUGGGAUAUUUGUCGGUAUUGAGAACAUUUUUGUAAACAGAACUAAUGUGAAGUGGAUUACGUAGUAAC